CGCAAAAGGGCCGAGUGGCGGGAGCGUUGUUGAGCCGCCACGGUGGAUCAUGGCGGCGGGGCAGCCGCUGCCGUGAUGUCGGUGCUGGAUGUGGCAUUGGGGGUUGUUUCCGCCAGUUGCGGGGCCUGAGCGCGGAAGUAUAAAAGGCGCGAGCGCCUGCUUCCGUUUCUCUUUGUGACUCGUGUUGAAGAUGACUAAGAAGCGAAGGAAUAACGGGCGAGCCAAGAAGGGCCGCGGCCACGUCCAGCCCAUCAGAUGCACAAACUGUGCCCGUUGUGUCCCCAAAGACAAGGCCAUCAAAAAGUUUGUCAUCCGAAACAUCGUGGAGGCUGCUGCAGUCCGAGAUAUAUCGGAGGCCAGUGUUUUUGACGCAUAUGUGCUGCCCAAGCUGUAUGUGAAGUUGCAUUACUGCGUCAGCUGUGCCAUCCACAGCAAGGUGGUGAGAAACCGUUCUCGGGAGGCUAGGAAGGACCGAACUCCACCACCACGUUUCAGGCCAGGAGCUAACAUCCCACGUGGACCUCCUCCCAAACCUAUGUAAACAUUAACAAAUCCUGUCAUUUGGUUUGAAUAAUAAAUAUGUUGGACCACUGAAA